AUGACCAUUUACGAGGCUGAAAGAAAGAGAUGGCGGGAUGUCCUUACACGUUUAAUAAGUAUCACCCAGUCUCUGGCAUUCAGGGGUUCGUCAGAAAAACUCUUCCAGCCAGAUAAUGGAAAUUUCCUAAAAGAGGUUAAACUACUGGCAAAAUUUGACCCCAUUAUGGAAAACCAUCUCAGCAAAAUUAAAGAUGGAGAGACACAUGCUCAUUACCUUGGGCAGCACACACAGAAUGAGCUAAUACAGAUUGUGAGUGGCAAAAUCCUUGAAGCAAUAGUGACUCAAAUAAGAGACUCAAAGUACUACUCCAUUAUCUUGGACUGUACACCUGACAUUAGUCACCAAGAGCAAAUGUCCAUUAUUCUGAGAAGUGUGGCUUUAAAGGGAAAGCCAGAGAUCAAGGAGCACUUUCUGGGCUUUGUGAAUGUUGAGGCUACAACAGGUUUAAAUCUGUCCACUGGCAUCUUAAAUAAGAUGAAUGAGCUGAAGAUUUCAUUUGAAGAUUGCAGAGGGCAAGCUUUUGAUAGUGGGGCCAACAUGAAAGGCAAGAACCAAGGAGUACAAGCCAGACUGCUCCGAAUAAAAAAACCCAGAGCCGUGUUUGUCCCAUGUGGAGCACAUACUCUAAACCUUGUAAUUGCAGAUGCUGCCAAAUCUUCAAAAGAUGCAGUAGGGUUCUUUGGACAUGUGCAAAAGCUCUUCACCUUCUUUUUUCAGCUGGCACACAAAGAUGGAGUAUUUUAA